GGAGCGGACACGGAACCGGCCAGCAGCAGCCGCGGCGGCGCCGCAGGGACGAGCGCCCAGGGUCGGUCCGGGGUUCUAGCAGCCCGCGCGAGCCCUCCCGGCCCCGACCCCCUCCCCCGCGCAGAAGAUGCCUGAGCAGAGCAACGACUACCGAGUGGUGGUGUUCGGGGCAGGCGGAGUGGGCAAGAGCUCGCUGGUGCUGCGCUUUGUCAAGGGCACGUUCCGGGACACCUACAUCCCCACCAUUGAGGACACCUACCGGCAGGUCAUCAGCUGUGACAAGAGCGUGUGCACGCUGCAGAUCACCGACACCACGGGCAGCCACCAGUUCCCAGCCAUGCAGCGGCUGUCUAUUUCCAAGGGCCAUGCCUUCAUCUUGGUCUUCUCCGUCACCAGCAAGCAGUCGCUGGAGGAGCUGGGCCCCAUCUACAAGCUCAUUGUGCAGAUCAAGGGCAGCGUGGAGGACAUCCCGGUCAUGCUGGUGGGCAACAAGUGUGACGAGACGCAGCGGGAGGUGGACACCCGCGAGGCACAGGCCGUGGCCCAGGAGUGGAAGUGCGCCUUCAUGGAGACGUCGGCCAAGAUGAACUACAACGUCAAGGAGCUCUUCCAGGAGCUGCUCACGCUGGAGACACGCCGGAACAUGAGCCUCAACAUCGACGGCAAGCGCUCCAGCAAACAGAAGAGGACAGACCGCAUCAAGGGCAAAUGCAUCCUCAUGUGAGCCCAGCGCCCCGUGUAGGCGCCCCGCUGCCCUGGCCCAGGCCUCCCGGGGGUCCUCCUCCUCCUCCCCUCUCCCUCUCAUCUCUCCCACUUCUCUUCCUUCCUCCAGCAUCUCUGGCGAGGAACCUGAGGCCCCAGUGAGCCCAUGGCAGACCUGGGACUCCAACCCGGCUCUGUCCCACGGCUCUGCCUUCCUCCCCACCAUCUUUGCUCCCCAUCCUGUCUGUACCCCCAAAGCCAAGUGCUGGAGGUGGCCCCCUUGAUCUGCACAUGGGAAAAUGGGGAAGCUCCCUGUCCCCGUCAGAAAUGAAGAUGCUGGUCAUGGUGUCUCCGAGGACCCUCACCUCUGACCCCUUCCCUUGGGCACCCUGAGCCGGACCUGCACCCUGCCCCUCAUUAGAUCACUGUGACCUUGAUGGGGAGAAGGGAGUGGAAAUGCACAUAGACUUCAGACUUUAUUUUCUCCUAUUUGGUGUUUAACAUCCACCCCCUUUCAUCCCUCGUGGCCUCCGGCCUGUGCCUCCCCCCCCAGGUUCCAGACCACCCCCUUCACCCUCAGUCUCCACAGCUUGGUGGGAUCCUUGUGGGCUGGGUCUCCGGCUGCCAGGCAAUAACCGCAGGGCCCACAGCAGUGCUCCACCGGCCCGGAGUCCCACUCCUCACCCGGCCUGGGCCUGGGGGCAGGCAGGGGAGGCCCAGGACUAGCCGAUGGCCACAGCACAACUCCAGGGGACUGUCCGGAGUGAAUAUGGAGGAGCUUCCCAACCACAGCGUGCAGACAGAGAUGGGUACAGCUUGUCACCACUGAGCCGGGGCAGGGACCCGAGGUGCUGGGGGUCGUUGGAGGCAAACCGUUGCCCGGCCUGCUUCCUCCCUCCUCUUGGGCCCCGGGGGGGACCGCCCAGGAAUGCGGGUGUCCUGGAGUCAGGAUGUGUCCACCACAGUGAGAUUCUAAGUGUUUCUGUGAGAGUGUCUAGAUGAUGCCACACCGGUGGGACCUGGGACAAGUAUGAAGGUGCCCUAUAGGCCUGGGUGGCAGUGUGGCAGUGGUGGAGGGGGUCUGGGAUGACGUACUGGGCACCUCAGUGUGCUGGGCGGAUGGCUUGUGUCUAAGCUUGUGUGGGGGCUCCUGUGUGUGUGUGUUUGUGUGACAGUCAAUGUGUAGUAACAGUGUAGGGUGAACAUAGGGGCAGGUCAUGUGGUUGCCAACAAGACUGGACACUUGGGAUGUGUGAGCCUUUGCACCCGCGAGAAUACGACCGUGAGCAGCUGCAUUUUGGGGGGAGGGUGAUGUGAUUUAGCGGGGAUCCUCUGUAGGCUUGUUGAUCCUGCCUGUCUGAGGCACACUGCGCUGGCUUCACUCUGGAGCGAGGUGGCUCUCAGCUCACCACCUGUAUGCAUCAGCCGUUGCUAGGCGACACGCAACCACAAACUCGGCAGCUCGAAACAGCACACGUGUAUGCUCUCAGCACAAGGCAGUGAUCAGUACCGCCGAGCUGUGGUCUCAUCCGAAGGCCUGCCUGGGGAAGGAUCUGCAUCGCGGCUCACGUGCUUGUGGGCAGCAUUCAGUUGCCUGCGGUCUUAGGACGGGGGCUCAGCUGCCUGCCUUCUGGGCCUCUCCCUGGGGCUACGGGCAGCACUGGUGUCACUAGGCAUCAGGAAGCUAGAUGCGUGUGUGGUAGAGAGGCCACGGGGCUGUAGCCAGGUGACCACGCGCUUUGUGUAGGCAAGAGAGACUGUUUGUGUCCAUCUUGGUAGCAGUGUAUUUUCUCCCCUCUGUGUUUGUGGGGCUUUUCAUUCCUCAAAUAUUUACUGGGCACGCUGUGUGUAUAUGUGCACGUGCAUGCGUGUGUCCCCACCUGGCGUGUGGACAGGCCCUCAGAAGAAUUGGUAGCAUCUUAUCUAAGCACAGCUGAGUACCUUUAUCCUGAUGGGUCCAGGACCCACCAGCAACUGGUGUUGGCCCCUCCCCACUGAAGGUGCCGGAGAAAGUGGGGCUGGGCAGGGACCAUUCUCAGGGACACACCCUGAUAGCACAAUCUCCCUGGGGCCCUGCCCACCUCCAGGCCUCUGCUGCCCUAUGCCCUGCCCCGACCCUGGGGGAGAGAGGAGUUCCGCAGCAGGAGAGGACCAGGGCCCCCCCCCCAGCUGUUGGCCCGUCCUGCCUCGGCAUCCCUGGGUCUGGUGACCGUACCAGGCCAUGCUUGUGUGCCCCUGCCCCCUCCCCCUCGCAUGUGGGUGCCCCAACUCCCCAUUGUGGGGUCUGUGUAACAUUCGCUCUAGAAAUAGUCUUCCUGCAAUAAAGACGUGGA